AUGCAACAUCUCGGAAUUAAUUUCUUGUGGCGAUCGUUGGCUGGGUUGGGUUGGCUCCUCUUUCCUUUGCAUAUGAAGCACCCACGAUCCGAUGAUCCUGACGACGAGGAACGUUAUAAGCGUUCGUGCAAAUUGCGAAAGCAACUAGGCCCAGAAUUCCUUUCUACUCGUGCUGGUCCAGGUGGUGCCAAGUUGACCUACAUUGAAGGAAGAAAUGCCAUUGAGCUUGCGAAUGAGGUGUUCGGCUAUGAUGGAUGGUCGUCAGAAGUGCGCAAUCAACAUGUGGACUAUUGCGAAGUGGAUGAGCAUGGUCGAUACCAAGUAGGCGUAUCAGCUAUUGUACGUGUUACUCUGAAGGAAGGCAAUUUUCACGAGGAUUGUGGAUAUGGUUUCUCAGAAGGGGUGAGACAAAAAGGUGCAUCACUUGAAAAGGCACGGAAAGAAGCCUGUACCGAUGCUCUUAAGCGAUCCUUGCGAAUGUUUGGAAAUGCGAUGGGUAACUGUAUUUACGACAAGACGUAUUUAUCAAAUAUCGGACGCAUGAGAGCCACAGCACCACCCUUCAAACCAUCCGAGCUAUACCGUGAUCCGCGAUGUAUUCAAGCGCCACCUUCUGCAUCUAUCUCCACCGAGAUGCCUGCUCACCAACCCACACAUCAACCUCCAAAACCCGAAUCAAAACCUUCGAAUAAACCACCCACCACAAUACAGCAAUCGAAGCCGACAGCACGUCCUCCAACCUCAACUCCAACUCCAAACAAGACAACACUUCCUCCAACUUCAACCCCAACUCCAAACAAAACAACACGUCCAUCAACUUCAACCCCAAAGUUACCAUUGACAACACAACAAACAACAGCUACCCCAACACCAAGGAAGCAGCCGUUCUUUUCACGCCCUGUUACAACUCCACAACUCCAACCAUCAUCAACAAGACGCGAGAGAACCCCUUCCCCAAUCAUUUCCAAUGAUGAUGACGACGACGAGCCUCCUAUUGUCAGUCCCGUGCCUCCAAAUCAGCAACUGUUUAUGCGAGAUGAGAGUUUCGCUAGUGCGGAUGACUCCUUCUUUGCUGAGUUCAUGGAUCAAAACGAAAACCGUAUCAUUGAGGAGCACAUCAUCAAAAACUCUCCUGUCAAUCGCAGACCCAAAAUGCCUGAUGGCUCCGAAUUCAGCCCACUCAACAAGAAGUAG